UUUACAAAACCACACACACAGUUCUUCUGUGCUGAAGGCUGCAGCUCCAGACUCUUCACAGAGAGAUGAGUAAUUCAGUUUAUGCAAACAGCACAAACCUCAAUGAAGUUAUCUGCAUGAAUGAAGAUGCAACAGAAAAGCAAGUGACAAGAAGCAAUAAAGGAACUUCAGAACCAAACACCUCAGGACGCCGAUGUUACAGACUGGCUGUGGUGUGUCUGCUGGUGCUGGUUGUUCUUAUGGGGGCUGCCAUAUACUGUGGGUCAUGAUGACUACAGAGAGAGACCAGAUACAGACCAGUUACAACAACAUGACUACUCAGAGAAACCAGCCAGAGACCAGUUACAACAACUUGACUACUGAGAAGGAACAGCUAGACAUCAGUUACAAAAUAGUGUCUGAAGAAAGAGACCAGUUUCAUAAGAAGACUGGUGAACUCCAGAAGACCACUGAUGAACUCCAGAAGAAGUUUUCUCAGCUGAUAAAAGACAUUAACACACCAGGGUGGAAAUACUUCAGCUCCAGUAUUUACCUCAUCUCUACUGAGAAGAAAAGCUGGAGUGAGGGCAGACAUGACUGCAUUGAAAGAGGAGCAGACCUGGUGAUCAUAAACAGCAGAGAUGAACAGGACUUUGUUGAGGUGUGGAGAAGAGGUCAAGGUGCCUGGAUUGGUGCAAAUGACAGAGACAGCGAGGGGGUCUGGAAAUGGGUUGAUGGUACACCAGUGACCAAUGUGUUCUGGAGUUCCGGGGAACCCAACAAUAAAGGUGAUGAGGACUGUGCUGUAUCGGGCUAUCGCUCUGAACCUGUACCAAAUUGGGUUGAUGUUUCCUGUAGUAGCAAGUAUAUCUGGAUAUGUGAGAAAAAAAUUAACAGCUGAAAUGUUAUAUAUGAAUUAAAAUAAACAAAUUUAUUUUGGAUAAUAAUUUUUUGUUUGAUUUGACCGUUAUAUUGGAUGAGAAAGAAUAAGAAAAAAAUUGUAAAGAAACUUUAGCCAAUGGCCAUGGUUGUUGUGUUUUUGACUUUCACUGAUAUGCUUAAAUUUAUUUAUUUUUUAUUCUGUUCUGAAUGUCCAUGUUUAAGCCAAAGGUGGUUUUACUUAGUUUUAAACCAGGUUAAUAUCAAUUAUCAAUAAUAAAAAUCUCAAUGAAGAUGUAACAUUACAAAAUGUGGAGAGGUUCAGAAAGAGCAUGGAUCACUUGGGUCAUCGUACUUGGGAUAAAUAGAUGAGGAGAGAUUUAAGUCAGCUAUAAAAUGGGCAUAUCCUUAGCUUAAGAGGAGCCUAGAGUGAACAAGCCAUCCAACCUACGCUGCUGUUUUGUUACGGUUCUGUCUCGGCUCAUGACUGAGUAGAAGACUUACUGUAGUGAGCAUUUCUGUGUUCAUAGAAUUGUCGUAUUGUGGUGUUGCAGAUGGCUUUUUCCAGAAGGUAGAGUUUGAGCUCAAAGAGAAUUAACUGGUACUGUAUAUGAGGAGGAUAGUCAUAUUCCAGAUGAAAUACUGAUGUUCAUUCUGUUCAGGUCUGGAGGGUGUGAAGAGUUUACCAGUGAAUAAAGCUACUGCUUUUUUAUUCAGAUAUACAUUUCUUUUUAAAUUGUUGUGCUGUAGCUGAGUCAGUGCUUCACUAACACAGGAAGCUGUAUGUUUUUGAGGGUGCCAAAAUUUGCAGCUGCAUACAGCAACAUUUUCAGCAAGUGGUGUGAGGUGUGGCGUCACACCCAAUGGAGAAGUAAAUAAAUGUUCUUUUAA